CAUCUCCAUGACGUCAGCAGCGUCGUUUGUUGCAGCGGGCACGUUGGAUUGCAUUGCGGAGCCUCUAUUUCUUGGUUACAUUAGUUAACAAUGGCAAAUUGGAAUCAACUUCAACAACAGCUCAGGCAUCCGAACAAUCCUGUGGUGUUCUUUGAUAUUACCAUCGGCUCUACGGAGGUUGGGCGAAUGAAAAUGGAGCUUUUUGCCGACGUAGUUCCCAGGACCACGGAAAACUUCAGGCAAUUUUGCACUGGAGAGUACAAGAAGGACAGCGUACCGAUUGGCUACAAAGGCUCCACGUUUCAUCGUGUCAUCAAGGACUUCAUGAUCCAGGGAGGUGAUUUUGUCAAUGGUGACGGUAUGGGAUUGACAAGUAUAUAUGGUGGCGCCUUCCCCGACGAGAACUUCCAGAUGAAGCAUGACGCCGCUGGCUUGCUGUCCAUGGCCAACAGUGGCAAAGAUACCAAUGGCUGCCAGUUUUUCAUUACAUGUGCACGAUGUGACUUUCUAGAUGGGAAACAUGUUGUGUUUGGUCGUAUCCUUGAUGGUUUACUGGUCAUGCGGAAGAUUGAAAAUGUUCCCAUUGGACCCAACAACAAGCCGAAAAUUCCUGUUAUCAUCUCACAGUGUGGUGAAAUGUAAACUUGUGCUGGUUGGGACAUGUAAAUACAUCUUCAAGCCCUGUGGCACACAAAGCUUGCAAAAGUGUGUCGUUCCAAGGCUGAAGAGGAGAACCCUGCACUGGAACACAUGCUUGUAUACAUAGAUCAGUGAGAAAAGCAGUAGCUGUUCCAGUGUAUGACCACUCUCUUACUGUGGUUAUUAAUGCGUGUUGGACUUGGAGAAGGAGCUUCUGAAACGGGAACAACGCAGUGUGAUGAAAAAACUUGCAGUUUCAUAUUGUGUUUGCAAAAUGCACCAGUUGUCUCCUUGCAGCACUGCAUGUUUUUUUGCUGCGAAUGGCAAGCUAAAAUAUACAAAGAUUCUUUUGAAACAAUAUUUGAGUCAUUCUUGGUUCAUCAGUCAAACGCUUUCUUGCUGCUUCAUGUAUGGCAUUUUCUGUUAUUUUUGUGAUUGCAUUCAGCUAGUUUUAAGCAAAUCGGUGUUUGUUACUGGCAGCCUUCAAUUUUUUUGUUUAUUCACAUUUGCAAAUAAUGAUGAUGAAAUACCUGCUGCGAGCCUUAGCACUCACCACAGUGACUCAUUUUCUGUGAUAUUCAGCUGCUAAAUCAGAGAGAGAGAGAGAGAAUCAACUUUUGAACUGAGCGCUUAGUGACGGUUGGUGCGCGCUGGCACCAGAUGGGGUGGAACCUUAUUCUCAGGUCCCAUAUGCGUCCAGCAGUUCCUGGCCCCUAGCCGCCAGCGCGAGCUGGGUCGGUAGGUCAGGGCUGGACAACAAGGUCUCCCAUCGCUCGGGGGGGUUGGGGCUGGGGAGGGUGGGGGGUAGGGAUGGUGGGGGGUUCUUGAGCUUAGUGCACUCUGCAAUGAUGUGUGCUAGAGUGCCUUUUGACCGUCUGCAAAAAGGGCAUAAAGUGUCAUGCUCUGUUGGGAACAUCUUGUGCAAGAGCACGGGAUGCGCUAGCGACCCCGCUUAAUGCGAAAUUUUGUGUUUCGUUUUCGGACUGCUGCAGCCAGGCACGGGCAAACACAAGAUUGUGGGCUUCAUUUUGGCUGCUACAGCCGUGUUUCAAUGGAAGUAGAACGAAAAAAGAAAAGGCUUGUGUACUUCGAUUUCGGUUCACAAUAAUGAGUCCUUGCAUUGUUUGGGAACAUUAAAUCCAAAUAAAUCAGCCAUAUUUUUCAACGUAAAGGCCAUAUCCAAUGCAGUCUUCAAUGUGCAUUGAGGUGCUAGACAAAACGGGAGGAAGAUAGUGUGGGUGUUGGAGUAAUAAACAAUGACAGCAUUGUUGUUUCUU